GAGAGAGAGAGAGAGAGAGAGAGAGGUCUUGUUUGGAUUUUCUUAGUUGGAAUUGUGGGUUUGUCAUAGUACAAAUUAAGACAGAAACUAUGGCUUCAGUUUGUAUUAUAUAUUAUAUUCUUAUUUUAUUAAGGCACUCGUGUCCAUUGAUUAGUUUAGCACAAAGAAAAAGAUAUUAAUAUCUAUUAUUAUUGUUAUUAUUGCGGUGGAUAGAGCCAGACAAUCCUAUAGAUUGACCUCUGCAAAAUGGGUUACAAAACAACAGCUAGCUUAUGAUGUGUAUCCCUCUCUUUCUCUCACACACUCUGAUAUUUAUUAUAUACAUACAAUAUAUAAAUACCUUUGUCCCUUUCUCAAUGUUUUCUCUUUUCACACUCCUCUUUCUACUUUCACUUCUCUCAAAUACAUUCUUUCCUUUCUGCAAAAAUAAUAAGCUUUAUAAUUUGCAACUGAAUACAGAAGUGCAAGAAAGAAAAGGAAAGAAAAAAAAAGAUCGAUGGGGUCAAUGAAUACAAACAACUGGCUUUCUUUUCCUCUAUCUCCUACUCAUGCUUCUCUACCAUCACAUCAAUUCACUCUAGGGUUAGUCAAUGAUAACAUGGACAACCCUUUUCAAAACCAAGCUUCAGAGUGGAAUCUGAUGAAUAGCCACGGGAGUAGCAGUAGCAAUGAUCAAGUGCCCAAGGUGGCUGAUUUUCUUGGUGUUAGCAAAUCUGAAAACCAAACAGAUCAUCUCAUGCCCUUCAACGAAAUUCAUCACCAGGCCAGUGAUUCUGACUACCUUUUUGCCAGUAACAGCAUGGUCCCAGCAGACUUAAUGCAGCAAAGUGUUAAUUUGGAUAAUAUUCAUGGGUCUAGCUCUACCUAUGACUUUCAAGAAAAUCCAAGCAACCUUCAGUCACUGACACUGUCGAUGGGAAGUGGCAGCAAAGGUUCAAGUGUUUGUGAAACCAGUAGCACUGAUAAUGUCAGUACUAAUAAUACCACCUCUACUGCUGUGGAACCUGCAGCUGCAGCCGCUGCUGCUGCGCCUAGAAGGACCUUAGAUACUUUCGGUCAAAGAACUUCAAUUUAUCGUGGUGUUACUAGGCAUAGAUGGACUGGAAGGUAUGAAGCUCAUCUUUGGGAUAAUAGUUGUAGAAGGGAAGGGCAAUCAAGGAAAGGAAGACAAGUUUAUCUGGGCGGGUAUGAUAAAGAAGAGAAAGCAGCUAGGGCUUACGAUAUGGCUGCACUCAAGUACUGGGGAACAUCCACUACUACAAACUUUCCCAUUAGUAACUACGAAAAGGAGUUGGAGGAUAUGAAGAACAUGACAAGACAAGAAUUUGUGGCCUCUAUUAGAAGAAAGAGCAGUGGUUUUUCAAGAGGUGCAUCAAUGUAUCGUGGAGUUACAAGACAUCAUCAACAUGGAAGAUGGCAAGCAAGGAUUGGAAGAGUUGCUGGGAACAAAGAUCUUUACUUAGGAACAUUUAGUACGGAAGAAGAGGCUGCUGAAGCAUACGACAUAGCAGCAAUAAAAUUCCGAGGGUUGAACGCAGUAACAAACUUUGACAUGAAUCGAUACGACGUCAAAAGCAUAUUGGAAAGCAAUACUCUCCCAAUCGGAGGUGGAGCCGCCAAGCGCCUCAAGGAGGCUCAAGCCUUGGAGUCUUCAAGAAAACGUGAGGAAAUGAUGGCCCUAACCUCCACCUUCGCACAUUACGGCUCAGCCGCAGCAGGAGCUGGCUCAACCAGCUCAUCCCCAUUAUCAUCAACAAUGAAUAAUAAUAGUCGUCUGCAGGCGUACCCACUGUUGCAACCGCAGACAAACAGCUUCAUCGAUCACAUGACCCCACACCUCACUCUCCAAAACCACGAUACGUCAUCACCAUAUCAUCAAGACCCAAAUAAUUCUUCGUUGCUUCAUCACCAGCAGAACUACAUUCAGACUCAGCUUCAGUUGCAACAACAGCAGCCCGGAACGUCGUCGUAUCAGUUUUACAAUGGCUAUAAUAAUAAUAAUAAUAAUAACAACAACAAUAGCCACAAUAAUAACGGUAAUAACAACCAGUUUCUUCAGGGGUUUAUGGAGAAUAUUGGAACGACGUCUUCUGUUAUGGACAACACUGGGGGCAACAGUUAUGGCGGCUAUGGUCUUGAUAAUACAGCAGCGGCUACUGGCUCGGGGACUAGUGCGGAGGAGCUUGCUCUUGUGAAGGUGGAUUAUGAUAUGCCUUCUGGCGGUUACGGAGGAUGGUCCGCCGGUUCUGGUUCGGGUUCGGGGAAUGCCUCAAAUCCGGGACUUUUUACUAUGUGGAAUGACUUAUAGGCAGAUCAAUGACAAUUUCAAAGAAAGCACCCCAACAACAAAUAGUACUGGAGAGUUUGACUUGUUUUUAUUCUGAUGUCCUUUUUUUUCUUCUUCUUGAUAGAUAGGGGUCUGAUUUUAAUUGUGUUUUGACUUAAUUAAUUUAAUGAUAUUAUUAUAAGGUCUGGAUUGGCAAGCGCAAGGGGGUGGGUUUUGAUGGGUUUUGUUUUGUGAAAGUAGAGACGACCCAAAUUUUGUAUACACAAAUAUUACUCAUCUUCAAUUUUUGAUUAGUACUUUUAUUAAUUAUCAUGGUCUGAUGUCUGUUUUAUUAUGUAUUUUUAUGUUAAUUUAUAUAUGCAAUUAAAUAGGUCAUGUACGAUUGGAUUUGAUCCACAUGCUUUAUAGCUGUGUUCGAAUGUUAAUUAAAAUGAUUUAUUAUUAGUUUCUGGUUUUCCAUGAGUUUACUUGAGUUUCUUGAGUGUUCAUAUAUUUUCUAGAGUGCACAUAUAUUUACUCUAACAGUUUCAAAAUGUCAACCGUACCAUACACAUACAACCUGGAAAGAUAUAUCAAAGGACACAAAAGGAAAAACUUCUGGACUCUUCAAAACAAAUUGUGCUAGGGUUUCUUCUACUCGUGAAAGUCAUGGUUCAGUCGUCGACACUCGGCGUUCUUGUCCAUCC